AUGGACCUCCAGGAGACCCAGCGUCUCGUUUCCGAGUAUCUCCACGAACUCGCCAACCUCUUCCACCGCGUUCCCGGGUCCGCAAUCUUCCUUCGUUAUGUGAAAUCCAGCUACCAAGAUGACCCUAUUCGAUCUGCGGUUGAGCUCUUCUUGUUUCUCUUCGCUGUGCGAUAUCUACUGGCCCCGAAGUAUUCGACGAAGCCUGGCGUUGUGCCGCUCUCAGACGACGAAAUCGAUGACCUGGUGGAUGAAUGGACUCCGGAGCCUCUCGUUGGCAGCCCGACCACCCUGGAGGAGAUGGAAGUCGACAAGCGAACAGUGAUUGUUGGACCUGUCGGUCCCAAGUCUAAGCUGGCCAAUGGCCGCACGGUCACCAAUCUCGGCUCGUACAACUUCUACAAUUUCAACACCAACGAGGCGCUCAAGGAGAAGGCGAUUCAGACUCUCCGGAAUUACGGUGUUGGGCCCUGCGGUCCCCGCGGUUUUUACGGUACCCAGGAUGUUCAUUUGAAGACUGAAGCGGAUGUGGCUUCGUUCUUGGGCACCGCUGCCUGUAUCAUUUACUCCCAGGCCUUCUCGACCAUUUCUAGUGUGAUUCCGGCUUUCUCCAAACGCGGGGACAUCAUCGUGGCGGAUAAGGGGGUCAGCUUCGCCAUUCGGAAGGGCAUUCAGAUCUCGCGCAGCAUUGUUCGCUGGUACGAGCACAAUGACAUGGAGGAUCUGGAGCGGGUGCUCGCCAAGGUUACCAAGGAACAGGCAAGGAAGCCUUUGACUCGACGAUUCAUCAUCACGGAGGGUCUCUUUGAGUCUCACGGUGACAUGGUCGACCUCCCAAAAAUCAUCGAGUUGAGGCUCAAGUACAAAUUCCGGUUGAUCCUGGACGAAACCUGGUCGUUUGGUGUCCUGGGACGGACCGGCCGUGGUAUCACGGAGCACCAAAAUGUCGAUGCUGCCGAGGUUGACAUGAUUGUGGGGUCCCUGGCUGGUCCCCUUGUUGCUGGCGGAGGCUUCUGCGCUGGGUCGGAGGAGAUUGUGCACCACCAGCGGAUCUCCGCUUCGGCGUACACUUUUUCUGCGGCUCUUCCUGCUUUGCUAUCGACUACGGCCAGUGCCACAAUCAACAUUCUCCAGACCAAUCCCGAGACAGUCUCCCAACUUCGGGAAUACACCAAGGCGAUGCGGGCUCAGCUGGAUCCCCGAAGCGAUUGGGUCUACUGCACCAGCGCACCUGAGAACCCGAUCCUUAUUCUCGUCAUCAAACCGGAGGUUGUUGCUACCAAGAAACUUUCUCCUUCUGACCAGCAGUUCCUGCUCCAGGAUGUCGUGGACGAGUGUCUGGCCAAUGGCGUCCUCAUCACACGCCUGAAAACUCUCGAAGACAACUUCGAGCCCAAGCAGGUCGUCCCGCCCUCACUCAAGGUGUGCGUUACUGUCGGACUCACCAAGAAGGAGAUUGAGAAAGCGGGAACGACUAUUCGGCACGCAAUUACCAAAGUCAUGAGCAAGAGGAGAUGA